AAGAGUGCGGGCGAUUCCGCGAGACUGAUUUAUGACGUUUUACAGCCCUAUAAAAGCUGUAGCGACGAGGCAAGCGCUCCUACCACCGCUGGCAGAUUUAGUCUAAUAAAUAAAACAUAAACAGUUAACUUUAUGUGUCACUUUUAUUGUUAUCAAGUAAAAUAUAGCUGAGCCCCGGCAAGCUAUGAUUUUAAACUAUAAUUGUUAUCAAGUACAACAAGGGGACCCGGCUCCCUCCCUGGGCUCUCCCCUCUGCUACCCCCCCAACUCUGAGUUAUGGAUGAUCAGUUAAUUGGAAUUGGUGGCAUGACGUGGCCACCCCUAGCUGAGGGAGGGUGGGAAAGCAUCCCUUUCUUGCCCCCUCCCUCCUCCUUGGUCCUGCAUCUCCCCAUCAGAGCAUUCCUGUGGUGCGUGGCAGAGAGAGGGGAAAGGGUGGGGAUGAACUGGGUACCCCCAAGGCAGGCUUUGCCUUCUCAGCAUGGUGAGCCCACCCCUUGGUUUUUGGAAAGCAGCCUGGAGCUGGCUCUUGGGAAUUCGUGUUUACAUGUAAACACACGUGUUACAUGGAUACAGUCCCUGGCCCAACACAAGCAGGCUUUACUCACACAGGCCUCCUCUUAGCUAGGUCUGCUUGCUGUGAGGAUGGAGAAGGAACUCCCAGGGCCUUACUGGACACCAUCAGAGGGCACUGACAUCUGGCAGAAAGCUCUCCUCCUUGCCCCAGCUCCUCAGGAGCGGCCUUGGAGCCGGGGCUCAACCCCCAGACUUCCAGACAUGACGUCAGAAUCAUUUGCAUCCCGCUGCCUCUACCUGCCUGGUCCAGCUGGGACCCUGCCUGGCCGGCCCCUUGGCCAGAGGGUUGGGUGAGUGAACAUGAGGAAGGGGAGGCUGGACUCAAGGUAUCCUUGGAUGGAGGGCACCCCAGGAUCUCAGCCUCUUCUGCUCAGCCUGGGCCCCUCCCCAUCCAACCUCUACUCCAGUCCUCCUUCAACUUCCUCUUCCUGCGAAAGAGGGGCGCUGCCCGGUGGUGACCUACACAGAGACACGAUCGCCAUGAAGGGGACCUCUGGAAAUGCACAGGAGCCGAGGCCCACGGGCCCGCUGGAGGCCCAAGGGGAGACCCUGGGCGGAGGCUGAAUCACCACCUCCUGACAACCCCCCAAUGCCCAGGCUUUGGAGGGCAGCUUCCCCUCUCUUUUUGCAGGGGAGGGUUGUCAGUCUGGCGGGGUGUGCACUCGAGGCACCCCAGCCCCUGCCAGCUAACCCCAGAUCACCCCCCCACACCAGCACCAGCACCAGCACCAGCACCACCACCACCACACACAAAAAAAAUUGGAUACAUUUUGAAUAAAGCGAUUCGGUUCCUUAUCCGGGGACUGGGUUGCUCCGUGUGAUUGGCCGGCGGAGUCACAUGGUGAAAGUAACUUUACAGGGUCGCUAGCUAGUAGGAGGGCUUUAUGGAGCAGAAAAACGACAAAGCGAGAAAAAUUAUUUUCCACUCCAGAAAUUAAUGAUCAUGAGCUCGUAUUUGAUGGACUCUAACUACAUCGAUCCGAAAUUUCCUCCAUGCGAAGAAUAUUCGCAAAAUAGCUACAUCCCUGAACACAGUCCGGAAUAUUACGGCCGGACCAGGGAAUCGGGAUUCCAGCAUCACCACCAGGAGCUGUACCCACCACCGCCUCCGCGCCCUAGCUACCCUGAGCGCCAGUAUAGCUGCACCAGUCUCCAGGGGCCGGGCAAUUCGCGAGGCCACGGGCCGGCCCAGGCCAGCCACCACCACCCCGAGAAAUCGCAGCCGCUCUGCGAGCCGGCGCCUCUCUCAGGCGCCCCCGCCUCCCCGGCCCCCGCCCCCCCCCCGCCCCCACCCCCCCCAGCCUGCAGCCAGCCAGCCCCCGACCAUCCCUCCAGCGCCGCCAGCAAGCAACCCAUAGUCUACCCAUGGAUGAAAAAAAUUCACGUUAGCACGGUGAACCCCAAUUAUAACGGAGGGGAACCCAAGCGCUCGAGGACAGCCUACACCCGGCAGCAAGUCCUGGAAUUAGAGAAAGAGUUUCAUUACAACCGCUACCUGACCCGAAGGAGAAGGAUCGAGAUCGCCCACUCGCUGUGCCUCUCUGAGAGGCAGAUCAAAAUCUGGUUCCAAAACCGUCGCAUGAAAUGGAAGAAGGACCACCGACUCCCCAACACCAAAGUAAGGUCAGCGCCCCCGGCCGGCGCUGCGCCCAGCACCCUCUCGGCAGCCACCCCGGGCACUUCUGAAGACCACUCCCAGAGCGCCACGCCGCCGGAGCAGCAACGGGCAGAGGACAUUACCAGGUUAUAAAACAUAACUCACACCCCUGCCCCCACCCCACGCCCUCACCCUCCCCUCACACACAAAUUGACUCUUAUUUAUAGAAUUUAAUAUAUAUAUAUAUAUUUUGGUUCUUUUCUCUCUUCUACCCACCUUGUCCCUUGUCAAUUCCAAACAGACACAACAGAUAAACAAACAAGCCCCCUGCCCUUCUCUCCACUGUUAAGGACCGUUUUAAGCAUGUGAUGUUGUCUUAGCAUGGUACCUGCUGGUUUUUUUUUUUUAAAGGCCAUGGGGGGGGUUAUUUAUUUUUUAAGAAAAAAAAGCUGCAAAAAAUAUAUAUUGCAAGGUGCGAUGGUCUGGUUUGGGUGAAUUUCAGGGGAAAUGAGGAAAAGGAAAAAGGAAAAACAGAUUUUAAGCCAGUUCUCCUCCUUCUUCUCCUCCUCCUCCUUUCCCCCCCUCUUUCCUUAGGCCUUUUGCAUUGAAAAUACACCAGGGGAGGUUAGUGAGGGGGAAGUCAUUUUAAGGAGAACAAAGCUAUGAAGUUCUUUUGUAUUAUUGUGGGGGGGUGGGAGAAGGGGGGAAGAAGGCAGACAAAGCUAAAUGCAUCUGGAGAGCCUCUCAGAGCUGUUCAGUUUGAGGAGCCAAAAGAAAAAUCAAAAUGAACUUUCAGUUCAGAGAGGCAGUCUAUAGGUAGAAUCUCUCCCCACCCCCAUCGUGGUUAUUGUGUUUUUGGACUGGAUUUACUUGAUUAUUGUAAAACUUGCAAUAAAGAAUUUUAGUGUCGAUGUGAAAUGCCCAGUGAUCAAUAAUAAAC